AGGUCUUUUUCUGCAGAUGCUGUAAACACUUUACGAGACAGAUGAUUGUUUUAUUUCUAGGAGUUUAAUGUGGAGGGAAAAAAAAUAGCAAGUGGCCUUUUGAAUUUGGCUUAACGUGGAAUACCAGUAGCCCGGCGGAUGGAGGACGAGCGCUGAUCGGGCGCAGGCCGCAUUCGUAGGCCUAGUACUUAGUAGUAGACUAGCAGUACCGCUUACACUACCAUGUUGAAGACGAGUCACGUUAUGGCAGAAACUGAUAGGAAUGCUGAAGUGCCUUAUGACCCAAAUGACACGCUAAAUUCAUCUGUGAUAUCAGGAGAUGUUACACUGCCCAAUGAAAAUGAUGUACUCUCUCCUGAAAACAGUAUGAUGGCUAAUGGUGGUGUACCAGGAUGCACUGUUGAUGAGGGAAAGGCUGAUGCAACUGAAACAUCCCAGGAUGCACUGGUAACAGCAACUAAUGAUCCAGCUGAUUUAGAAGACGUCCAACCUUUACUACCAGCAUCUUAUAAAGAAGGUGAGAUUGCUCCAACAGAGGCACUGUGGACAUGUAGAGCUGAUGGUGCUACCAAAGUACGCCUCAAUGAUGACAAUAAAGACAUCCCUGUGGAGACCGUUCAUACUGCAUUAAUCAGAGCUGUCAAAAAUUACCCAAACUGCAUUGCGCUGGCCAUCAAACGGAAUGGUGAAUGGGUGAAAUGGAACUAUGCAGAAUACUAUAAGGAUGUACGCAGGGCUGCCAAGUCGUUUCUUAAGCUUGGUUUGGAGCGUUACCAUGGUGUUGGUAUCAUUGGUUUCAAUUCUCCAGAGUGGUUCAUUAGUGACCUUGGUGCAAUGUUUGCAGGGGGGUUUGGAACUGGCAUCUACACGACGAAUUCUGCUGAAGCAUGUCAAUAUGUUGCUGAUAAUUGCCAAGCUAGCAUCAUAGUGGUCGAAAACAAAACACAUCUCAACAAAAUUCUUAAAGUCUGGGACAAGCUUCCUCACCUCAAGGCUGUUGUACAGUAUACUGGUAAACUGGAGGAGAAAAUGGACAAUGUCUACACUUGGCCAGAGUUUAUGGACAUUGGUAAGGAUGUAGCUGAUUCGGAUCUAGAUGAUAUCAUCGACUCACAGGCCCCUAAUCAUUGCUGUUCACUCAUCUAUACAUCAGGAACUACUGGCAACUCUAAGGGGGUUAUGAUCAGCCAUGACGGGUUUUUGUGGCAAGCUAAAGGAUGUGCCAAAGCAGCUCAUUUGAAGCAAGGUUGUGAGAUAGUUGUGAGCUAUCUACCUCUCAGUCAUGUUGCUGCACAACUCUUUGAUAUCUACAUACCUUUGGUCACCAGCGGAGCAGUCUACUUUGCCCAACCUGACGCACUCAAGGGUACCUUAGUAAACACACUCAGAGAAGUCCGUCCUACAGGGUUUAUUGGAGUUCCUAGAGUAUGGGAGAAGAUACAAGAAAAGUUGAAGUCCAUUGGUGCCAACAAUUCUGGUUUGAAGAAGAAAAUAUCUGAUUGGGCUAAAGACAUUGGACUGAGAGGAAACAUCGCUCUGGAGAAACGUGCAUUGGAGUAUAAUCAGCUGAGCUGGUGGCAAUAUAUAUGGGGAGCAAUCAGGCGGCCUUUGCCAUGGGGAUGGACGUUGGCUAACCUGAUGGUUUUCAAGAAGGUUCGUCAUGCUCUGGGAUUGGAUCGGUGUUUCUUGACCUUCUCUGCUGGUGCACCGAUAGCAACAGACACACUCAACUACUUCCUGAGUCUCAAUAUCCCUAUCUAUGACAUAUAUGGAAUGAGUGAAAGCUCAGGACCUCACACUAUAUCUGUUCCUGACUGCUACAAGAUGGGAAGUGCUGGGCAUUGCCUCAAAGGAGCAAAGACCAAGAUACAUGAACCUGAUCAGGAUGGAAUUGGAGAGGUGUGUUACCAUGGCCGCCAUGUAUUCAUGGGCUACCUAAAUAUGGAAGAGAAGACAAAAGAGACUACAGAUGAGGAAGGUUGGUUACACUCUGGUGAUCUGGGAUAUGUGGAUGACAAGGGAUUCUUGUACAUCACUGGCAGAAUCAAAGAGCUCAUUAUCACAGCAGGUGGGGAGAAUGUUCCACCAGUACCCAUUGAGGACACCAUCUUGAAUGAAACGCCUAUUCUCAAUAACUGCAUGGUGAUUGGUGACCGACGCAAGUUCUUGUCACUUCUUGUAACUUUCAAGGUGGAAAUGGAUGAGGAAACUCAAGAACCAACAGAGGAAUUAAAUGCUGAGGCUCUGUCUAUCUGUGAGAAACUAGGUAGUACAGCAAAGACAGUCAGUGAGGCUGAAGCAGAUGAGAAGAUCCAACAGAGCAUACAGAAAGGUGUAGACGCAUACAAUAAACAAGCUACCUCCAGAGCACAGAUGGUACAGAAAUGGAAAGUUGUCAAGAAAGAUUUCACUGUAGCUGGAGGUGAACUUGGUCCAACUCUGAAGCUGAAACGACCAGUGGUCACCAAACAGUAUGCUGAACUAAUAGAUUCGUUUUAUGAAUAAAUCACCUUCACUGUGUGAGAUGUCUCAAGCUGCUGUGUUGACCUAGGCAUCUUGAGAGGCAGAAUACGUCUGUAAUGGCUACUUCAUUAUUUGCUGAAGAGAUGGAAUCAAGAUAAUGAUUGGAAAGCACAGAGUUACAGUCACGUCAUGCAAAGACAAGGAAUUCUUUAUUAUUGAGUUUGUUGUCCUAAAAUCCUUAUGAGCACAAAGGAACUUUGCUUUUGUAUGAUGGAGAAUUCUGAUUUCCUUUAAUUUAAAAUCCAAGUAUAUUGUACUUGAUUCAACUCAUUUUGCAUUUAAUCUUUUAGAAAAUUAACACAGUCAAGAACUCAGUUUGAAUGACCUUACACAAUUCUAACAUCUGUGAAAGAAGUGUGUCAUCUACAUGUACGUGUAAAUCUGUACAGUUGAUUAAACUGUUGAUUUCUAAUUUUGUGAUGAAUUGACAGACUUUUUAAAGAGUAAUGGAAGUGGCUUGUUAUCAAGAGCACUGUAGAUUGUUUUCCAACCUCACAGGGUAAAGUUACACUUUAUGAAAUGCAUGUAGAUGGAUGCACCAUUGUAGUGUAGUUGUUUUCCUUAAGUCUACGAAAUGACUGGCCAUAAAGCCCACUAGAUGGAUAAUAUUGCCUCACAUAACAAUGUUAACGUUUGUGCUGGAUAUGUACAUUGUAGGAUGCUAUCUACCCAUUAAUGCACAGUCUGCUUGUGGUCGCACAAAACAAAUUGUCAAAAUCAGGUUUAACUAAUAAAAGGAACUACAGUAAAGACGGUAGCAGCAGAGUGAUGUUGUUCACUGUAUUCAGUUUUUAUUGCAGACUGUUUGUAGUUGAAGUAUUCCUGAGUUUAUGAUAGUUAACUGUAACCCAGUGGAGGAGGUUGGAUAAUAGUAUUUGAGAGUAUACCUCUAGAUUGUGUUUCAUUGGGAUAAGGUGGUUCCAUUUUUAUGGGCCAUGGAGUGCCCUACCCUUCUAUCAUUAUCAUUGUCCUCUCUUAAUAGUUGUAUUAAACUUGAGGUUUCUGCAGACCACUCAGAUUGGAUGCUGCAAUUGGUAAUCAGUACAUUGAAGAGCUCCUUGAAGGAAAACAUAUGUUUUCUCUGCUUUUACAUCGUAUCUGUUCAAAUCAAUAUGAUGGAAGCAUCCAAAUCAAACACAGUGUCAUUUGUCUUCAGAGUUGAACUAAAACAAGCUUAAAAGGGCUUUUUUUC